CGCAUACACCCUGGUGCUGGAUGUCAGAGGGUUAAGGUUGGACGCAUUAAGCUCGACCUGGUCCAGCACUUGGAGUGAGCUGAGCAGCCGCUGCCGUGUGCAUUUGCAGAUGCCGUUUGAAUGAAAUCCCGCACUGUCUGUAUUUGUGUCACAUAGAACAUUAUGCUUCACUUUACUUCUACAAGCACUCCUCUUUUCUCCCCUUUUGCCUCCCAACAUCAUAAUGUUACUAACCAUCCACCCCCUCCUCUCUUUCUCUCUUUCUUUGUCCACCCUUCUUUUCCCCCUCCAAUCUGUGUCUGUCUUCAUCCAACUUUAUUUCCAUCCCUCUUUCUCCCACUUUAUUUCCACUUCCUCCAACCCUUACAUACAACUUCCUCCUCCAGCUUCUCCCCCCCUUCCAGCGGGAGGUUCCUACUUCAUGAUCAGCCGCUCUUUGGGUCCAGAGUUUGGGGGGGCGGUAGGCCUGUGCUUCUACUUGGGCACAACCUUCGCUGGAGCCAUGUACAUCCUGGGAGCUGUCGAGAUCCUUCUGGUGUACAUUGCACCCGGAGCAGCUAUCUUUGAAGGUGAAGGAGCAGCCAUGUUGAACAACAUGAGAAUAUACGGCUCCAUCUUUCUCCUCUUCAUGGCCUUGCUGGUUUUCGUGGGGGUCAAGUAUGUGAACAAACUGGCCUCCGUCUUCUUGGCCUGCGUCAUCAUCUCCAUUUUAUCCAUCUAUGUCGGAGCGCUGGUUUCUGCCUUCAGCGUGCCGGAUUUUCCCGUAUGCAUGCUGGGAAACAGAACUAUCAACGCCCAUGAUGUUGCUGACAACCACUGUAGUAAAACUGUCCUGGUUAAAGUUGCAGCUGAGAAAUUAGACAGCAACUUCACGAUUAACGAAAACAGCACAGUGGGCCCCACCUUUGACCCCAGCCAUGUCCCAGAGGUGAUGGUGGAGAAGACCACGCGUCUUUGGAAGUUAUUUUGCCAUAACUCACAGCUCAACGCCACCUGUGACGAAUACUUCACUUCAAACAACUUCUCUGAGAUUAAAGGGAUCCCCGGACUGACUAGUGGGGCCAUAUCAGAGAACCUGUGGAGUACAUACCUACACAAAGGGGAUGUUUUGGAGAAAAGGUCCCUCCACACCUCUCAAGCUGCACACCCAGCCUCUGAUCGCUAUCCGUACGUGUUUGCUGACAUCAUCACCUCCUUCACAGUGCUCGUGGGCAUCUUCUUCCCCUCAGUCACAGGAAUCAUGGCUGGCUCCAACCGGUCGGGGGAUUUAAAAGAUGCUCAGCGCUCCAUCCCCAUCGGAACCAUCCUCGCCAUCCUCACCACCUCUUUAGUCUGUAUCCUUUCAUCGGACAGUUUGAUUGAACUUUCAUGCACUCAAAUUCAAAAGUUUGGAGAUUCAGUUAAAGGCAAUCUGGUGGUGGGAACUUUGGCUUGGCCCUCGCCGUGGGUCAUUGUGAUUGGGUCCUUCUUCUCCACAUGUGACGCGGGCCUCCAGUCUUUGACCGGCGCUCCACGACUCCUGCAGGCCAUCGCCAAAGACAACAUCAUCCCCUUCCUCCGGGUGUUUGGCCACGGGAAAGCUAACGGGGAACCUACGUGGGCCCUGCUGCUGACAGCUCUGAUAGCUGAGCUGGGGAUUCUCAUCGCAUCUCUGGACAUGGUGGCUCCUGUUCUGACAAUGUUCUUCCUCAUGUGCUACCUGUUUGUAAACCUGGCCUGUGCCCUCCAGACCCUCCUGAGGACACCCAGCUGGAGGUCUCGCUUAUCAUACUACCACUGGAGCUUGUCCUUUCUGGGGAUGACUUUCUGCCUGGCGCUCAUGUUUAUAUCCUCUUGGUAUUAUGCAAUCGUUGCCAUGGUGAUCGCCGGUAUGAGCUACAACUACAUUCAGUAUCAAGGAGCAGAGAAGGAGUGGGGAGAUGGGAUCCGUGGUCUGUCACUCAGCGCUGCCCGUUAUGCUCUGCUGAGGCUGGAAGAAGGACCACCGCAUACUAAAAACUGGAGGCCUCAGCUGUUGGUAUUAUUAAAACUGGAUGAAGACGCCCACGUCAAGUCUCCUCGGCUCCUGACGUGCCAGCUAAAGGCAGGAAAAGGCCUGACCAUUGUUGGCACUGUUGUUCCCGGGAACUACCUGCAGAGCUAUGGAGAGGCGCUCGCUGCUGAGCAGACUCUGAAGCACCUGAUGGAUAAGGAGCGCGUGAAGGGCUUCUGCCAGCGCAUCGUGGCUCAAAAGCCACGUGAUGGGAUCAGCCACAUGAUCCAGUCGAGUGGCCUGGGAGGAAUGAAACCCAACAAUGUGGUAAUGGGCUGGCCUCACGCUUGGAGGCAAAGCGAGGACCCACAGUCCUGGAAGACCUUCAUCAACACAGUGCAGGUGACCACAGCGGCCCACCUUGCGCUUCUGGUGCCCAAAAACAUCUCCCUGUUCCCUGGCAACUCUGAGCCCUGCACAGAGGGCUACAUCGAUGUGUGGUGGAUCGUCCAUGACGGCGGGAUGCUGAUGCUUCUGCCUUUCCUCCUGCGACAACACAAGGUGUGGCACCAGUGUUCAGUGCGCAUCUUCACAGUGGCCCAGAUGGAGGAUAAUUCCAUGCUGAUGAUGGAGCAGAGGUCUCAGAUGCUCAGACAAAUGCAACUGUCUAAAUCUGAUCGGGACAGAGAGGCCCAGCUGGUGAAGGAUCGUAACUCCAUGCUGCGUCUGACGAGCAUCGGCUCAGACGACGAAGAUGACACAGACCGGGCAGGGAGCGGCGGCGGCAGCUCUGAGCACCACCGCCGCAUUCAGAUGACCUGGACCAAAGAGAAGACCACACAGUACAGAGCGACGCACUCGGGCUGCUCCACCCCCGAGGGCUUCAGGGACAUGCUGAGCAUCAGGCCGGACCACUCCAACGUCAGGCGAAUGCACACCGCCGUCAAACUCAACGAGGUCAUUGUCAACAGAUCCCACGAUGCCCGGGUCGUCCUGCUCAACAUGCCUGGACCCCCCAAGAACACCGAAGGAGAUGAGAACUACAUGGAGUUCCUGGAGGUCCUGACAGAGGGAUUGGAGCGUGUUCUGUUGGUGAGAGGCGGAGGAAGUGAAGUCAUCACCAUCUACUCCUGAUUGGACAAACACAGGAAGCCAGCAUCAAGCAAAGCAGCCAGUCGUGCAGGAGAGAGCAGAGUGAAGACGGUGGGAUCUGGGGAACCUGAAAA